AUGGUGGAAGACAAGGAUAUUUACAGGGUACUAGCAGACUAUUUUAUGGAGCUUUUCUCGUCUAGUGCACCCACCAAUAUUCCUGCAGUGACAUCUCUUGUGGCUGGUAGGGUUACACCGCACCAUCUACAACUGCUAGCCGAGCCUUUUACAAGGGAAGAUGUCGAGGAAGCCCUAGCCCAGAUGCACCCAACCAAGGCACCGGGGUGCGAUGGUCUACCCGCUUUGUUUUACCAAAAAUUCUGGCAUAUUAUUGGGGAUGAUGUUUCUUCUUUUUGCUUGCGAGUCCUUCAUGGCGAGGUGUCACCAGGCCGUCUAAUUACGGAUAAUGCCUUAGUGGCGUUUGAGUGUUUUCACUAUAUGAAGAAAAAAAUAUGUGGCCGUAAUGGCGUGAUGGCUCUGAAAUUAGACAUGUCAAAAGCCUAUGAUAGAGUUGAGUGGCCUUUUUUGGCGAGUGUUUUGGAACAAAUGGGGUUCCCCCCCAACUGGGUCCAUCUGAUCAUGUCAUGUGUUACUACAGUUAACUUCUCUAUUAUGCUGAAUGGCGCGCCUCAAGAGGCAUUCUCCCCAAAUAGAGGUUUGAGACAGGGAGAUCCUCUCUCUCCUUAUCUCUUUAUUUUGUGUGGAGAAGUGUUUUCUGCUUUGAUUAAUCAGGCUGUCUUAUCUUCAGCUUUGCAUGGCAUUAAGAUUGCGCGUUCUGCCCCUGAAAAUAGCCUUAAAUCCCGGGUCAUCACAGAUGACAGUGUUAUCUUUGCUCGUGCUACGACGCAAGAAGCACUGACAAUUAAGGUUAUUCUAGCCUCGUAUGAGCAAGCUUCUGGACAAGUCAUUAACCUUGACAAGUCUAUGCUCUCCUGUAGCCGAAAUGUGCCUGAGAAUCGUUUCCAUGAGCUUAAACAACUAUUGAAUGUAAAGGCAGUGGAGUGUUAUGACAAGUAUCUGGGACUUCCUACUAUCAUAGGUAAGUCAAAAACCCAGAUCUUCUCUUUUGUCAAGGACCGGGUUUGGAAGAAGCUAAAAGGGUGGAAGGAAAAGUCCCUCUCACGAGCAGGUAGGGAGGUUCUUGUUAAGGCUGUGGACCAAUCCAUUCCAUCUUAUGUUAUGUCCUGUUUUUUAUUGCCUGAUGGUAUAUGGUGGGGUGGUGACGUCACUAAGCGUGGUAUGCAUUGGUUAAGUUGGAAAUCAUUGUGCAAAUCAAAGGAUCGUGGUGGGAUAGGUUUCCGGGAUUUCAAAAAAUUUAAUAUGGCUUUGGUGGCGAAGAAUCGGUGGCGCUUACUUAAUUGUCCUGACUCUUUGCUUGGAAAAGUGUUUAAAGCGGUCUAUUAUCCGAGGGACACAAUCUUUACUGCGAAGAAGGGUUGUCGUCCGAGUUACGCAUGGUCUAGUGUUCUCCGUUCAGGACAAGCUCUACGGAAAGGUGGUAUGUGGAGGGUAGGAGACGGUAAAACUAUUCGAGCUUGGCAAGAUAAAUGGGUGCCAGGGAACUCCCCUUUGGUGUUUAGUGAGACGUUAGCACAAGAUUUGGGUAUUACAAAGGUGUCAGACUUGCUGCUACCUGGUUCUUUAGCUUGGAAUAAACAUUUAAUUGUUUUUAUGUGCUGCCCCCCCACGGCCAACUCCAUUAUGGCAGUACCUUUGCCUCUGUUUCCCCAGCAGGACAUUUUCUUUUGGCCCAUGACUCCAAAUGGUUUUUAUUCAACAAAGACAGGCUAUCAAUUCUUGCAAAUGGAGGAGGAAAGCGCUGCUGGUAUGGCUUCUUCUGUGCCAUCUUUGACUAGUGCAGCACCACCCCUCUCGGUGGUUGCGUCCAUCGGCUGGCCUGUUCAAGAUUAA